AUGGCGGGGAGUGCAACUUCUGUUUCCAUGGAGCUUUUCAUUGGACCCAGAAAACACCAGCCGCUCGACUCAGAUGGCACAAUCCCUUCAAACCAUCUUCGCAGUUUCGAGCACUCCAACAUUUCCCUGACUUUCUUCAUGUAUGCUCUGUUUUCCAUCAUCCUGGACAGAAUUCGUUCCCCUGCAAAAUACGGGUUGACUCUGUUUUCAAUAGCAGUUGCUUUUGGGCAAGAACUCCUCAUUUUCCAUCUCCACUCUACUGGUCACAAUGGGGUUGAAGGCCAAUACCAUUGGCUUCUCCAAAUCUUGAUCUUUGUCUCGUUUUUCACUACUCUUUUGAGCAUUGGUUACCCCAAGAAUUUCUUGAACAGUUUCAUAAGAUCUGUCAGCAUUUUGUUCCAAGGAGUCUGGCUUAUGGUCAUGGGAUUUAUGAUUUGGACGCCUGAAUUGCUGCCUAAAGGCUGUUUCUUGAACUUCGAAGACGGUCAUCAUGUUGCUAGGUGCCAUAAUAACGAAGCCCUUGAAAGGGCUAAAUCAUUAGUGAACAUUGAAUUCAACUGGUACUUAAUUGGGGUCACUGUUUUUGUUCUGUCCCUUUAUUUGGCCAUCUUCAAAGUGUCAAAAGCUGAAGAAAAGGUUGAGUUUGAGUAUCAAUCCGUGCCGAAAUUCGAGAUUCGGGAGGACGACGAUGACGAAGAAGUUGAUGUUGAGGCUCAAAAGAGUAGUAACAACAACAACAUUGUUGCCGGUCAGCCCAUGAGACUGCUUCCUGUAAGGAAGCCAUUUGCAGCACCUGCAGACAUGGAAAGGUAG